AUGAAGUUCGCCAGUAUUUUGAGCCUUUCUUCUAUUAUUGCCCUCGCCGCUGCGGCCAAACCGGUCCAGAAAUGCUCCAAGCUCGAGGUGCGAAAGGAAUGGCGCACUUUCAGCAAGGCCGAGCGGAAGGCAUGGAUUGGCGCUGUCAAUUGCUUGAACAAAAAGCCUCGUACUGGCAAGCUCCGGCUCCCGGUUGAUACUGACAGUUAUUCCGAAGCCAAGUUCCAUAUCGCCCCCCUUAAUGAGAGCUCGACUUACUAUGACGACUUGGUCUACAUACACAUGAACCUCAACCCCAUUAUUCAUUGGACUGGCCUAUUCCUCCCGUGGCACCGUGCUUACCUGCACGAAUGGACUAACAUCAUUCGGAAGGAGUGCGGCUAUAACGGUGUGGUACCAUAUUGGGCAUGGGAGAAAGAUUCCGGUGAUUUCUUGGCAAGCCCGAUUUGGGACAAUGAUAAAGAAUCUGGACUCGGAGGAUUUAGCGACGAUGCUAGCGACGACUAUACCCUCCAUACUGGAGCAUUUGAUAUCGAGAUUGCGUAUCCUGUCCCCCACAAGCUUCGUCGCCAUCUCCUCCCCUUCCCUUGGGGUGGUGCCAACGCAAAUAUCUCGGCAACCUCGACUUUCACGCCUGCCGAAAUCCAAAAGCUUCUAAAUCAACCUACGGGCAACUUCACGCUGUUCCAGGGUUAUUUCGAGAAAACUGUUGGCAUGCAUAGUGCUAUUCAUGUCAUGAUGGGAGGUGACAUGGGCACACUUUGCCCUGCAGGAUCUGAGGGAACUAUCUACUGCCCCGUACAGAGAACUGCUACUUUCUCUGCAAACGAACCAAUGUUCCAUCUUCACCAUGGCAAUGUUGACCGUCUCUGGUGGCUCUGGCAAGAGAAGAGCUCUGCAAACAAGUACGCUUUCCAUGGUGGCUCGAUUCAGAAUACCUCUUCCUUGAACGAAUUCCCUAACGGUCAAGCCCCGUGGUUAAAUAAGACUGCUGUUCUUCCCGGCGGUGGAUUGUGGCCCGAUUACACCGUUGAGCAGACUUUCGACACUCGCAGCUGGCCUUGGUGCUACGUCUAUGAGUAA